GACAGGACCAAAGGGCCAAGAAAAGCCCGAUCGCAACGCCGGCAGGACGUGCACCGCCACAUCGGCGGUGUUCAUACAUCCAGCGCAUAUCCAGCGCACAUCCAGCGCAUAUCCAGUGCAUAUCAGCAGCGAGGCCCUGUCGUCUGCGACCGCACCGCGGCGCCGUGGGUUGCUGCUGGUUGCCGAUGGAGCUGCCCGGGAUGCGCCGUGAGAAUGGGCUGCGAUAUCGGCUGCGAUAUUGGUUGCCCAUGUCGGCCGGUCGUCGGUUCUUGGGCUCGCAUCGGCGCGUCGGGGGCGGACAUCAUGUCCGGCGGCCAUCAGCCGCCAACCCCACGCUGCUCCAGCGGCCUCCCCCCCCCGGCACGGCCUGCUCCGAGGCAAACGAUCUGCAAGAGUCCCUCGUCAACGGCUCCGCAUCUUCUGCUUCCUGCCGCCAUCCGGAUCGCCAUGGCCGACGAGGACCCAUUCUACGUCUCCGUCAGAACCAACAUCGUGGCCUUCCUGUUGGGCUCGGUGCUCUAUGCCCUCUCGGUGAUCAUCCUGGUCAACUACUCUUCGCUCAAGCUGAAUCUACUGUCGCAGAUCGAGCUCUCGCAGCUCUUCAACUCACAGAUCCUGGCUGUGUCGGUCGAUUCCUCCGUCACGCUGCUGGUCUCCUCGGUUGCCUUUGCGUCGUCAUCAAGUUGCUUCGUCCUGCUGCCUGCCACAGAGCUCUAUCGAUUCACCCUUGCGCAGAGCGAGCAGCCGGGCAUGUAUCCCUUGGAUCUGGCAUGGCUCGAUUGGGAUCUUGUUUCCAGUCUGUGGAGCUACAGCUUGUGGAGUAUCCAACUCUCCAUCUACUUCUUCUGUCCCUUCGCCUACUUCUUCAACGAAUCAUUCGGACCCUGGUCGCAUCGCUUCCGAGAAACAUCCCUCCUCCUUUUCAUCUUCUGGAUAUUCCUCUACGGAUUCAUCUAUCUCGGCCAAAGCACCUUCACGUUUGUCCAGUCGUCAUACUUCAAGAGCACCGACGUACCUCUAAGCCUACUGUUGAACUCGGUGGUUUCGACUCUGGGUCUCUUGCUCGCCCUGGCUGCCCUCCCCAUCGGCAUGCUGGCCAUUCUCACAAAGCCGUUGGAUCUGCUGCUGCCUCUGGAUCAUAACAGCCGUAUGGCCGAGCGGCUGCUUGAGCUGGACUUUGCCAAGGCAUCGCUUGAGAACCGACUGCACGACCUCUCGAGCAAGCUUGAGACCCUCGACAACCCCCAGCGAACGCCGUCCCAGGCUUUAUCUGCGCUUGCUGGGGGUAGUUCGCAACGGCACAAAAGCACCACCACCACCACCACCACCAUAGCUUCUGCAAUGGCCGCUCAGCCCAAGUUCACCAUGUACUCUCGACCCACCCGGCUGCUUCGGCGUGAGAUUGUUCAAUCGUGGCGACAUAUCGAGCGGCUGGAAUCUGAGCGGCAGCAGAUCGGCCAGGAGCUCGGGCAUCUUUCGCCGUACUGGCGACUAGCCGUGGCCACGGUGCUGUUGCUGAUUGUCUGGUUCGCCUUUCUGGUGACCAUGGCGUGGAUUCAGCUUCAGUUUCUCUCCAAGCGGCCACUCUGACCGCCCGGAUAGUCUCGAUGGUCUUUGUCCUCGGUGCCGCCAUCGUGGGAAUCUCGAAGCUGGUCCCCAUGAUUCGGCUCUCCCUGGGUAUCGAGAGCAAGUCCUCAUCGAGCAUUCCAUCGUCGUCGGCCAUCAUCACGAUGUUACUGGUUUCGUCGUGCUCUCCUCCGUUGUUGCAUAUCCUUGGUGUCGCCUCGGUCGAAUACCUCGGCCCCUUUGCGCUCUAUCAGAUCAGCGACCGGCUCGUGUGGAUCUACAGUGGCAUCGUCAGCUUUGCGGGCACCAUCGUGGUGAUUUCAGGAGCCCGCAACAUCAUCGAGCGAACAGUUGGCAGGUAGUCUGCAGCAGUUUGGUCUGGGUCUCUUGCACCGGCAUUAUUGUAUUGCGGGCAUAAUCAGUUGAGGUGAAAGGCAGACGCUGCCAAGGAAAAUACAAAGGUC